GUGGGAGCGGGGCUGUUGCUAUCAAUAUGGCGGUUGUCAGCCAGACAAAGACAGUCAGUCUGAUGUGAUUGAGACAAGGGAGGUUUUCAGGGGGAGACUGGGAGAUAGGGGGCUCCCCUCCCCCCUCUGCUCUUCCUGCGCGGGCCUGGAGCCCUCCUCAGCCCCUCCCGCCGGGCGCCCCGCGGUGAAGAUCCCCUCCCCCUCCCGUCUUCCUCCUCCUCCUCCUCCUCCUCCCUCCCUCAGCCUUGCUCUGGGACGCUGGGGAGGGGGCUGAGCCGGGUGCAGAGAACUCAGCCGGGUUUCCGAGAAUGGUAAAUAAGGCUGGCCGUCUCUGGAAAGGCCAUUGAUCCGCCUCAUGUAAAGUAUGCUCAGUUCCUUUCCAGUGGUUUUGCUGGAAACCAUGUCUCACUAUACAGAUGAACCCAGAUUUACCAUAGAACAGAUAGAUCUGCUCCAACGUCUUCGGCGUACUGGGAUGACCAAACAUGAAAUUCUCCAUGCAUUAGAAACUUUGGACCGUCUUGAUCAAGAGCAUAGUGAUAAGUUUGGAAGGAGGUCCAGCUACGGGGGAAGCUCAUAUGGAAACAGUACCAACAAUGUUCCAGCAUCUUCCUCUACAGCCACAGCUUCCACGCAGACCCAGCACUCUGGAAUGUCCCCUUCACCCAGCAACAGUUAUGAUACCUCCCCACAGCCUUGCACUACCAAUCAAAAUGGGAGAGAGAACAACGAUCGAUUGUCCACAUCCAAUGGGAAGAUGUCGCCAUCUCGAUACCAUGCAAACAGCAUGGGUCAGAGGUCAUAUAGCUUUGAAGCCUCAGAAGAGGACCUUGAUGUAGAUGAUAAAGUGGAGGAAUUAAUGAGGAGGGACAGCAGUGUGAUAAAAGAGGAAAUCAAAGCCUUUCUUGCCAAUCGGAGGAUUUCCCAAGCAGUUGUUGCACAGGUAACAGGUAUCAGCCAGAGCCGGAUCUCUCAUUGGCUGUUGCAGCAGGGAUCAGACCUGAGUGAGCAGAAAAAAAGAGCAUUUUACCGAUGGUAUCAACUUGAGAAGACAAACCCUGGGGCUACGUUAAGUAUGAGACCUGCCCCCAUUCCAAUAGAGGACCCUGAAUGGAGACAAACACCUCCCCCAGUCUCUGCCACACCUGGAACCUUCCGACUCCGACGAGGGAGCAGAUUUACCUGGAGGAAGGAGUGCCUAGCUGUCAUGGAAAGUUACUUCAAUGAGAAUCAAUACCCAGAUGAAGCAAAGAGAGAAGAGAUUGCCAACGCUUGCAAUGCAGUCAUACAGAAGCCAGGCAAAAAGCUGUCUGACCUGGAACGAGUUACCUCUCUGAAAGUGUAUAAUUGGUUCGCUAAUAGACGGAAGGAGAUCAAGAGGAGAGCAAAUAUCGAAGCAGCAAUCCUGGAGAGUCAUGGGAUAGAUGUACAGAGUCCAGGAGGCCAUUCCAACAGUGAUGACGUGGACGGGAAUGACUACUCCGAGCAGGACACUUGGCAAGCACGCAAUGGGGAGGAGGAGGAGGGAAGAAGUUCAGAGGGAGGCAGAGAAGCAGAGAAGGAUGACAGCACGAGCCAUAGUGACCACCAAGACCCCAUCUCACUAGCUGUGGAGAUGGCAGCCGUCAACCACACUAUCUUGGCACUGGCCCGGCAGGGGGCCAGUGAGAUCAAGACCGAGGCCCUGGACGAUGACUGAUAAGGAGGGUCGCAGUUCACUUAGUUUAGACGUAGCACCUUAGCAGACUUUCCUCGGUCCUUAACAUGUGUUCUUACAGUAUAACUUACAGUUUCUUGUAUGUCAGGUAGCCGUUAGGGUCUUGUUCUGUGAAGAUGGCAUGGUGCCCUCAGCCUUUGCAUAUACUCUCUCAGUAUUAAAAUCCCAGUAAGUAAUAACCAACCAAACAAACGUUCCUCUCCCAGCCCCUGAGGCUAAACAAUCUCGCUGCUCCGUCUUAGCAUUCCAAGAAAGUGCUUCCAGGUAUUUAGAUAACCCUCAGUUCUCAAAUACUAGGCUCUGUGUAAAAUCUUGGGUACCUUUAGAUUCAUGUAACACUAGGCUGUACCCCGUUCCUGCCCCAAGACUGACAGGAUGCAAGCUGAGGUAGUGGCACAGGACCGACAGACACCAUCCGGGAAGUAUCCACGGAGCGCAAGGAACACUAGAGCCCCGCCUCAGCCGGAGAUUCGUUGAUUCAGCUGCAAUAAGCCGUGCCUCCUAGUCACAGCGUGGCUAGACUCUACUUCUUUGGGUGCUGUGCUAAGAAUGUCAUUGGAAUCCCGAGCUCAGAUCCUGGUUAAUGUUAACAUGCCCAACACAGACAUCCUUUCCUCUUACAAGCUGUGUGACUUAGUAGAUAACAUACUGCCUUCUGCCUUUGGGACCACGAUCCUAAAACUAAAACGACAAAAAAAACCCCAAGUUCUGAAAAGCAAAACUCCAGCUUGAGAGCAGUGGUGGGAGGGGGGGGGUAUGAUCUGAAUGUCGGAUGGAUGCUAAGCCCAGUUCUCAGAGCCACUAUACAUUCCACACACGGUACCAGCACCUGCCUGGGAAAGUGCUGGAGAUACCAUGGAAGUUGCUUUGCCUCCUAUUGGUGCCCCCUCCUUGCUGCCAAAAGAGUCUCUAAGGAUAGAGCUGAGAUCAAAAGUGAGUGAAAGAGCAGGCUUUGUACCCAUCACCUGAAGCCUGCCCAGAGUUGCUAGGACUCUGUCGGGGACUGUCACGGAUGCAGACCCUUGCCUAGCUAGGGGCAGAAAAAGCAGGGGACAUUCACUUGUAUUGUGGGUGUGUGGGACACAGCAGGACAUGUCUGCUUUUGUUCCCUCUACUCUGUCCUUGUGGAGAUGUGAAAGCUAUAUUGCUAUAGGCAAUUUAUUUAAUAAUUGGAAGCCAUAUUGAUAAUGGAUGUGGUAAUAUUUGUAGUUUAAUCUACUUUAAGCGGCAGUAACUAAUGGAAUUUUUUUCCUUGAUCACAUAUGUAGCACUUUUGUUACUUUUUAAAGAUAUUUAUAUUUGAUAAAUCUUUUUUUCAUUUUGAGAACUCAAAAUACCAAACAGUGAACUUGCGUUAUAAAGUCACCCUGUGAUCACCUUGUCAUCUAGUAGCAAAAUGAUGAACUAUUCAUGCAUCAAAGAAAAUUACAUCUGCUGGCCUUGUAUGAAAAUGAUCCUGGCAACCUGAUUAAAUGACACACUGUCACUGUGGGUAAGAAGAAGCGGCCGUCAGUGUGUUGGCACGGUGUGUGUCUGAGAGAGGCUAAGUGUUUUCUGCCUCAUCCCAUCUCUCCUUUGUGUGUCUGAUGAAGCCUUGUUAGGAGGGCGUUGUGGAGUGGGCCAUUAAGCAGGGCUUCCAUCUUUUUGUCCAUUACCUGAACCAAUUUCUAAGAUAGAAAGUAGGUACCAUCUCCUUACCUCCUCCUUCCUCAGCAGAUGUGUUGGACUUCAAAGCUGUUGAGAGGAGAGCACCCCACCCUUGUUCUCCCCUUCUGGCUGGCCGGAUACUCGGUAUCCACAGCAUGUAGCUGGUCUUACUGGGGCACACUCUGACUGCAUUAUCCCUUUAGGUGUAAGUCUUGGUCACUCGAAUGUGAGGAGUCGACUGUCUUUGAGGGCCCUGAGGAUGCUACCCCACCUACGUCUGUGACUUUGAAGAGCUCUAGGUAGGGUCUGGUCCUGCUCCUGUUCAUGGAUUUCAGGGGGAAAUAUACGUUCUUCCCAGCUCCAAAAACUGAAGUAAAAUGGAGCCAUCUUCUCUUACUGUAGUACUUGAACCCACAAAUUUAAGAGUAGCAUUUCUUAUUCUCAGGAACCCCCACACCUACUUAGAAUCUUCCAUCAUUUAUUUGAUUUUUUUUUUUUUCAUUUCACUUAGGAGAUUGCAUUGUCUUUCUUUCCUUUUGUUUACUAAGAAGAAAUAUACCUAUUGUGUCUUUCCUCCUUGGUCGAGUUUUGUCUGCUUAUUCUCAGUUGGAUCAGAAAGAACGAGGGGGGACCAUAUUUUUCUGACAAGCCACAUCCAUGAUUGACCAUGAGGUGAUUAUGAUUGACGGCUUCUUUCUUGUUAUUUGUUCUUGCUUGCCUUUUUAAAGGAACAGACUCAGGCUGCUUAUACAGCUCCAGUUUCUGAGAGAACUCUGACUGCAUCAGAAAAGCAAAAUGUUCUGUUGUCCUAAGACCUUUGAGAGGGAGAAAUGCAGCGGAGGCUACCAAGCCCCGGCUGCUGCAGGCAGUGCCAGCUCUGUGUGGUAGUAUGGUGGCACCAGAAGAGCGUACUGGCCACAGAGGCCGCCUCUGCUGAGCUAGCUCGAGGGCUCACUAGUCCUUCUGCUGGAGGAGCUGCCGCAUGCCCACGGACACAGAGCCUUACAGGAAGCUGUGCUAUCUGACCCACAGUAUGAAUUUGCUUCUUUGGGAUCGAGGUUCAAAUGUACCAUCAGGUAGUUUUCUAGGGAGUCACCAGGUCAGAGUCUCCCUUUGUGUCCAGGUCCCCAAGCUCUUGGGAUAGCUGCACACUCGUUCUCCUUCCUGUGGACGGUAAAUCUUUCCUUGAGUUUUUCCAGCUUUUAGGUGUGGUAUGAAAUCCGAAACUUCAACUCCCCAUGCUGAAAGGAAAUGAACUGGGCCUCUAGACUCCUAGUCCUGUGUGCUCCUUGCAUGCCUGUCUCUGCUCCCACCACCAGUACCUCUGGUGGCCCUGGAGAUCUCUUUAGGAGUUGUGCCUUCCUGACCAGGGAAGAUGCCGAAAGGGCCGCGGGAGGGCACAGCCGUAGUAGUGUGUGCUGUGAUUGUUGAGUUUUCAAGUCCUCAGAGUUACUGUUGCCGGGUAGGACGGUAGCUUCCCACCUUCUAAUACCUUACAUGGCGACUGUUAACAAAGGCCCAUCUUAAGAUAUCCCUGCCUAGCUGAAGACAACCGCAGCAGCAGCAGAGGAUGGCCAGGAAGGGCAAUACCGUGCUUUCCUGUGUGUGACUCCACAGUGCCCUCAGAACCCAGGAGACACUUGAGUUCACAGCAGCCAAGUUUGUAUCGAAUACCACAUGAGGCAGGCUGCAGGAGGGGACCUGGGAUGGGGUGGCAGACAGCCCUCGGUUCCUUUCACUCUAGCCCGGUAGGUGAUCUUACAAAGACUUGAGGGAGUUAGAAGCCUGUUUGGACUACUGUACUGCACUCCAGAGCUCUGGUUCCUGGGAGGUUUAUCAUUCAGCUACACCUAUUUUUUCAGGAGCAGAUAUCUGGAUUUCUUUUUACCUCAUAGGGACAGCACACGGAGGGUUCUGAUACAGUCAUCUCAGCUCUCUCCCUUUAGGAACUCUUCUUGGCUACCAGUCGUCAGGCACUAGCGAUAGCAGACCCUAGUCCAUCAGGAUGCCCCCAUCUCUCUUUCCAUCUCGGAAUGGCUCCCCUUCCAUUUUGUAUUUCAGCACUGCAUCUCUGUCUUGAGCUGACUUCACGGGACGUUUUUCUCUCUUCUGACCACAGGCUUAAUGGGUAGCAUUUAGUCUGCCUUGGAAUUUGGACCUUCCUUCCUGUUUUGGGGAGCCAGAACUCCAUCUGCCAAGCCUGUAACCUUUUUCUGUAUACUCAGAUAAUCCCCUUUCCACAGUGACUUCUCUAGCCUGUUCUAAAAGUGUUCCCUUCAAGUCCUUACUCUCCCUGGCCCCAAAAAGGAUUUGGUGAGAAGCAGCUUCAACCCCACCCCCACCCUCUGGUUUUUUUGUAAUUUUUCAAGACAAGGUU